CCACUGCGCAACGAUGGAGCUAUUGCAACGAUGGAGAUGACGCAAACAGACCCAGCUCUCCGAAAAAGUGUUUCAAGACGAACAUGGCGGCAACUUAACCGCGGUCCAAGAUGACAAUGGCCAACAGGAGGAAUGAUUCUCGGCUUUCCGCCCAGGCACGGGACAGAGAAAGCAGUCAGCCUGCAUCAAAGCGGCUCGUCGCUCUCCUUUAAGUGAAUCUGCAAAGCGAACGGCGGCUGACGCGCAGCAUCAGUACCGAGAGGCUCGCAACAGCUGGUCUCCCUGCGCCCCUGACGAGAGAACAAACCCGGGGAGGGACGGUCGGGAGAGGGGGGCAUGCGGUCAAAGAGGACGCCGUUUCCCCCCGGAGAGCCAUGGAGAACCGGGAUGCGGCAGCGCAAAGCUUAAUCUGUGCGGCCACGCUAAUUGGAUCGGAAUAGCACCGAUUGCUGCGGGCGCGAUAGUGGAGCGCCCUGGACCGGCGGAGGCACGGCACCCCACCGUUACAGAGGAGAACCAACCGGAGUCCAUCUCCCAACAAGUCAAUGAGUAUUGUGGCAGAGCAGCCCCCGCGGUGGAGUCGGCCAGGGCAGCACUUUCCUAAAAUAUGACCAGGGGUGCUUGGAUGCGUCGGCAGCAUGACGAAGGCUUAAAAUACUGGUUUGCACCCCGAGAGAACGAGAAGCCAUUUACCGAGUCGGAGCGGGCCCAGAGAUGGCGACUGUCGCUGGCCUCUCUGCUCUUCAUCACCGUCCUGCUCUCUGAUCACUUGUGGUUCUGCGCCGAGGCGAAACUGACGCGAACCCGAGACAAGCGGUCGGACGAGGGGCUUGCAAUCACGGACAUGGGCGAGUACCCAAACUCCCUCCACCAACACCAAACCCCAACAUCACCUGACCCCGACCGUCUCGCCAGAGAGCAAGAUGUUAUUUUUCUAGGGAAUUCUACCAAACCUCUGUGGCGAAUGGACACCUGUCACCCAGACAGCCUGUCCAGAGACUGCUUUAAUCUCACGGACGUGGAGACCGUGUGCCUCGGCCUCUCUGACGGAGGGGAAAAGGGGACACAGUUGGCGUACGUGGAUCUAAGCGAUUUGUACCUUUCUUUUUGUAAUUCCUACUCACUUUUGGAUUUGUUUAACGGGUUUACGAGUCCGGGCGAUUUGAAUUGCACCCUGAAUAUGACCAUGGGGAUGGAUCGGCUGGGAUGUGAGUGCGUGCGGGCUUAUCAGCGUCUGGACCAGCGGGCGGAGGAGAACUACCGGGAGUUUGAACUGCUGGUUCAGAAAUACGAGACGGAUGCAUACUCGGUUAGGACGUGCAUGGAGGAGUGCAAGAUGGUUUAUAAGCCCUGGCUGUGUUCUCAGUACUUCCAGACCACCCAGGAGCACUGCAGCAAGCGAAUCCCCUGUGGUCAGUACUGCCUGGAGGUGCAACAGCGGUGCCCCUUCGUCCUGCCCGACAAUGAUGAUCUCAUUCACGGAGGCAGCCCCAGUUUUAUAUGCACAGGGCUGCUGGAGGACCACCCGUCAGGCGUGGACCCAGAGGCAAAGUGCUGCGACGUGCGGUGGGACUUGAAAGUGGACAACCGAUCCCGGGGGACCCUGAAAAGAACUCACCCGCCAUGCCAGCACCGCACCUCCCUCAGCUCCUCGGCAGCCUGCAGACUGUGUAACAGCCGGCUCAAACUCUGCCUGCUCGUCCUUGUCCUCCUACACACUGUUGCCAGCCUCACUGCAUCCCACAAUGCAACAGGACUGGGUCUCCCCACCAUCGCGCCUCUGGAGGAGAGCCCUGCCAAUGAGGAGUGAUGGAGCUGCCAGGAGGAGGCGAGGUUGCCGAGGUGGGGGAAUCCCUCGCCAUGGCAACAGUUGUGGAAAAAUACAGCCGCGGCUGCGCGAGCGGCUGGAGCUGUGUGCCUGUGGACGCUCUGCAACGCUCUCCGGCCAAUGGGAAAUGUGGGAAACGCUUUCCGACGAAAGACACACAAAUCAAUCAAAACGAAUAAAUAACUGAACAAGAAGCGGACGUACUGAGGGAGCCGUCCAGGCCCUCCGCUAGGGGAAAGAGGACAAUGCCACAGCCUUUGUUGAGAGGGAGGAUCAGCUUUCGUUUGGGCUGAGUUUCUCUCACUACGCUUUUUUACACUGUGUUCCAGUUCUUGGUUUCUGUUGCACUGGCUGACUAUGGAAUAACACAAUCAUAUUCUCUCUUAAUGUUCAUCCUUUGUCUUUGUUUCUGGGUCUCUCAUACAGGAAGAAAGCGUGUUCUCGAAAUAGGAUGGAAAUUGUGUAA